UCAGGAAGCAGACACCGAUGAUCAGCAGGGUACACUGACGUACGAGGAGUUCUCUGUCUUCUACAAGAUGAUGUCUCUAAGAAGGGACCUGUUCCUGCUUAUGAUGGCAUACAGUGACAGAAAGGACCAUCUAACUGCAGAGGAGCUUACCAAUUUCCUGCACACGGAGCAGAAGAUGACCAACGUGACUUCGGAGUAUGUUGCGGAAAUCGUUGAAAAGUUUGAGGUAUCUGAUGAAAACAAAGAACGAGGUGUUUUGGGGAUAGAAGGUUUCACAAGUUUUAUGCGUAGUCCGACGUGUGACAUUUUCAACCCUUUGCAUAAUGAAGUGAAUCAGGACAUGGAGCAGCCUUUGUGUAACUACUUCAUCGCCUCCUCUCAUAACACAUACCUAACCGGGGACCAGCUUCUCUCCCACUCCAAGACUGACAUGUAUGCCUGGGUGCUGCAGUCUGGCUGCCGCUGUGUGGAAGUUGAUUGUUGGGAUGGACCCGAUGGAGAGCCGAUGGUGCAGCAUGGAUAUACCCUGACAUCCAAAAUACCAUUCAAGUCUGUCAUAGAGACCAUCAACAAAUAUGCCUUCAUAAAUAACAAAUAUCCAGUGAUCCUGUCCAUUGAGAACCACUGUAACAUCCAGCAGCAGAAAAAGAUUGCACAGUACCUACGGGAAAUAUUUGGAGACAAACUAGACGUGGGAGAUGUGCUGAGCAGAGACUCCAAAACAUUACCCAGUCCACACAGCCUGCAAGGAAAGAUCCUCAUCAAAGGUAAGCGCCUGCCCGCCUAUCUGUCUGCGGAUGCUGAGGAGGGGGAAGUGUCUGAUGAUGACAGUGCUGACGAAAUUGAAGAGGACUUCAAACUCAAAAGCAGUAAUGGCAAUGGCCAAACCCAAGUGGAGUCUCACAUCAGAAAGAAACUAGACUCUCUUCUGAAGGAGUCCCGGAUCGUAGACAAGGAGGACACCGACAGCUUCAGCAUCCGAGCUCUUCUUAGAGCCACACACCAGGGCCUUCAGAAGAACCUGCGGCAGAGCUCCAAAGGGGUUCUAAGGAAAUCUCAAAGCAGGUCCCUUAUCACAACACUUAAACAAAAGAGGCACUCCAAAUCAAGGCUGACAUGUCAAAGUGUGGAGAAGGAGGAAGACUCUCAGGAAAGGUCUGGGAGAGAAGCUGGAGGACAGUUCAACAGGAUUGGAAGAAAAAGGAAGACAAUAAAACUAAGUAGAGAUCUAUCAAACCUGGUAGUCUUCACCAAUUCUGUUGCCUCACAGGAAUGCUUAAAUGACGGAACUCCAGGUGAUGUUUUGUCAUUCAGCGAGACCAGAGCGCAAUCUCUGGUCAAUCACAAGGCUGAGCAGUUCCUGACAUUUAACCAGAGACAACUGUCAAGGAUUUAUCCCUCAGCCUAUCGUAUCGACUCCUCAAAUUUCAACCCGCAGUUCUACUGGAAUGUUGGUUGUCAAUUGGUUGCGCUGAACUAUCAAACAGAUGGACGGAUGAUGCAGCUCAACAGAUCAAAAUUCAUGGUGAAUGGAGGCAUUGGUUACGUCCUCAAGCCGCCUCCUAUGUGUAAAGGCUCUUUCAACCCAUUCAGUGAUGACCCACUUCCAGCUUACCCCAAGAAACAGCUCGUACUCAAGAUCAUUAGUGGACAGCAGCUGCCCAAACCACCAGACUCCAUGCUGGGGGACCGUGGAGAGAUUAUUGAUCCAUUCGUUGAAGUGGAGAUCAUUGGUUUACCCAUUGACUGCUGCAAGGAACAGACGAGAGUUGUUGAUGACAAUGGUUUCAAUCCAGUGUGGGAGGAGACUCUUUCCUUCACACUUCACAUGGCUGAGCUGGCACUUGUGCGUUUCCUUGUCUGGGACCAUGACCCGAUCGGACGAGACUUCAUCGGUCAACGGACUGUGGCCUUCAGCAGUCUGAUGCCUGGUUACAGGCAUGUUUACCUGGAAGGACUGACGGAAGCUUCCAUUUUUGUGCAUGUGUCUGUGCAUGAUGUUUAUGGGAAGUGGAGCCCUCUUGUCCUGAACCCAAGCUUUACCAUAAUGCACUUUUUAGGAGCUAGCAAGAAUCAUCAACUACGUGGUAUAAGAGGGUUCUUCAACCGGUCCUCCAAGUCCUCUGUGGACACAAACACCUCUGGUCUUCGGAAACGCUCCAUUAGUGAUCACCUCCUGCGACGAACAGCCAGCGCACCAGCAAAGGGAAGGAAGAAGACAAAAAUGGCUCUAUCUGAGUCAGUGGCUUCGAUAUCUGAUCAUGGCAAUGGUGCUGAUGCAGGGGCAUCAGGAGGAGAAGGCCCCUCAGUGAGGGCAGAGGGAGCAGAGAAGCCACUUCAGCCUCGAGCGCCUCUUAUCCAUAGACCCAUUUCCAUGCCUUUAGACAGGUUACUGCAAGGGCAGUUGUCUAUCUGUGCCCCAGACAACGAAGAGAAUGACAUUGGUGCAGACUCUAUCACCGUAGAGAACUGACUAGGAAUUUCCUGCAGGAGCUUCUGGAUUCAAGAGACCCAGGUCUUCCUCCAUGAAUGUUUUUACAGAAUCAUCUGUUUCUGUUCAAAAGAACAUUUAUAUCCCUUCAAAGACAAACAGAAAGAAAGAGCAUGAUCGACCAGACGAGACUUCC